AUGGGUUGCCAAAGAAAAUACUCGACCGAUAGUGGAACUCAGUUUAAUAAUAAGAGCGAUGAACAAAAACAAUGGAACAAGCCGGUGUUAAGAUUGGAUUCACCACACAUUUCAAUCCUUAAACUAACCCAGUCAAACGGGUAAACUGAGAAAUAACCCAUAUUAUACGCACUUAUUGCCAUGACCGUCAUACAGCAUGGGCCAAAUGGUUGCCUUUCAUAGAAUGAUGGAUAAAUCAAACACAAUCUGGAGUAACCGCGUAUACACCCGAAGAGGCGUUCACAGGCACCAGAACCCGGAAUUUUCUUGACCAAAUUACAUGUUUUCCUUUACCAAUCCAUUACGAUUCUGAUUAUACGAGAAACCACAAAAUCACCUUUACAAAUAAACAGAGCUACGGAAAAGCGGUAGUUCGUUUGUAACAAUAAAAAGAGCUGAUACUGGGGAUGGGAGCGGCCAAGGUUGUAAGUGAGAAGUGGGGAAGGUAGGAGACACAAGAUUAUUUCAUUUAGAUCUAUAAGCAACGAUAAACCAUUGCUUGACUAAAGACGAUUCCGAGCACAGUUCGGUAAUACAUAAUUUGAAGUGUCAUAUUUUUUUUUUGUGAUUUUCGAUUAAAUUUGAUUUUGAAACGAUUAUUAAAAAAAAAAAAGUUGUUCGAUGAUUUUGAAAUUUUUAGCACAUCUAGGUAAGUUCAAUAUAAGUAUUAUUUUCAAGUUUUAAGUCUUUUAGUGUAUUUAUAACCAAAUUACAGCAAAAAAUCCCAAAAAUUAAAAUUCCUUAAAAGCUCAAAAGUGACUCAAAAGUUUGACAAUGAUACCGUAAAAAGUAAACCAAAAAGGCAACAAAAAAUUUAUUUAGUGAUUUUUCGAUUAAAUCAUUUUUUCUGGUAGAAAACGUCGUUUGUGUUUUUAUAAAAUAACGAAAUCGUGAAAUUUUACGGUUUCCUACGUUUUUUCCCAAUUAAAUACAAACAUUUUAAAAAAUGGCUUCAAAAAUCAAAAAAAUGACAUGUUUAAAGUACAAUUUAAAUUACUUGAGCUUUCAGAAAAGGUGCUACACGUAAUAAUUGGAGCAAGUUUACUAGGAAGAAACAUGUCCAUAGACUAGAACAAAAAAGAAAGAAAAAAUAAACUUCUUAAUAAAACCAAUAGCUCACUUGCUACUAAUACACACGGAAUUUAAAAAAAAUCCAACCUUGAUUAAAUAUUGUGUAGGACAACAAAUGCUCUCGAAACCAUAUACAAUCGUCUGCCCGUGACCGUACCGCAAAACAUUUUUUUCUUAAAUAUAAAGGCCCAUGGUGGACACCAUCGACCGUUUAAUCAACGACACCGUUAUUUACGGCAAGCUCCAGGGAAAAAGUUAUCCUAAAUGCACGUAAAAUACAACCAUUUAAAAUUAUGUUAACUAACCUUUCCGUAGGAGCCAAUUACCACACGGAAUCGACGGUAGAAGAAGAUAUCCGAGUCUCCACCGCGAAAAAGCUGCCGCCGCCACACAAAAUCCGAGCGACGCUACAUUUAAAAGGGCAGGAUUCUGCCGAUUGAUUCUCUACGGUCCGACCGCAGGCGAUCGAGUUCCAAGUCUUGCCGUCCAAGCACCGCCAACCAGCGACCGUGCUUGUCCAUGGACCACACCACUUCAACGGACGCCUCGGGUGAGCAUUCUAUCACCGCCUCACGAUUUACCGUAUUUAUACGUGCUCCACGAUAUACCGACUCCUUUCUUCCUACACAUCACGGUUUUGCCGUAUUUUUACGCGCUUCGUGAAAAAGCGACCACCUCUCUCGUCCGUCACCUUGUUUGUACAAACCAUGCUUACGCUAGCCUAUCGUUGCUUCUCGCGCUGUAA